AUGGCAGAAAAUGGCACUGUGGUGACAGAAUUCAUUUUGAUGGGGCUCCAGCUGUGGGCAGAGCUGCAGACAGGUCUCUUCUUUGUGUUUCUGGUCCUUUAUCUCAUCACCAUAGGAGGUAACCUGGGGAUGAUAGCACUGAUUCAGAGUGACCGUUGCCUCCAGACCUCCAUGUACUUCUUCCUCAGCCACCUUCCCUUCCUGGACAUUUGCUAUUCUUCUAUUAUUGUCCCUCAGUUGCUGGAGACCUUGGGUACUGAUCAGAUGGUCAUCACCUUUGAGCACUGUACCAUCCAGUUCUUUGUCACACUCUGUGCUAGUACUGAAUGUGUCCUUUCGGUGGUGAUGGCCUAUGACCUCUAUGGGGCCGUGAGUAACCCUCUCCUCUAUGCCACUGCAAUGACACCUCAGACCCGCCUGGGAUUGGUGGCUAGGGCAUAUGGUGGUGCCAUGGUCAAUUCUGUGAUCCGCACUGGGUGUACCUUCUCCAUCUCCUUCUGUAAGUCCAACCAUAUGGAUUUCUUCUUUAAUGACCUCCCACCUCUGCUGAAGCUUGCCUGUAGUGAGACCAGACCACGAGAACGGGUGAUCUACCUCUUAGCUUUCUUGGUCAUUACAACCAGCGUUUCAGUGAUUUUUAUAUCCUACCUGUUCAUCAUUCAGGCUAUUCUGAAGAUUCGUUCAGCUGGUGGCAAAGCCAAGACUUUCUCUACCUGUGCUUCUCACAUAACGGCAGUGGCUCUUUUCUUUGGGACACUGAUAUUCAUAUACCUGAAAGGUAACAUGGGAAAAUCCCUUGGGGAGGGCAAGACUGUGUCAGUAUUUUACACUGUGGUCAUCCCUAUGCUGAACCCAAUGAUCUACAGCCUGAGGAACAAGGAAGUGAAGGAGGCUCUGAAGAGAGUUCUCAACAGGAUGAAGGUUUCCCAAGUAGAGUAA